CAUAAAUAGAAAACAAAUACUGAUUCAAAAUCCUGUAUUAACGCGGAUACUGUCGCUAUUUUAAUUUAAAAAAAUAGAUACAGUUAUUAAAAAGUUUGUUUUGUGUUUUAGAAGAAUUGUAAAUAAAUAAAGAUUAUUUUAUUUUAAAUUUUAGAUUCUCAAGAAAAUAAACUUUUUCAUCCCUCCACCAAACAUUUUAAACAUGUCUAUUCCGGUACUCACACAGCGCAUCUCGUUUUUAACACACGUUCCCACUGGACUACUAUCAGUCUUUCCCAUCAGUACAAUUGACAAACAUCACUAUACAAUUAAUUUUUCGGAAUUAAAAGUAAAUAGGUUAUUAGAAAGGAAAAUAGUUAGAACUAAGAGACUUUUAAGUGAAGGAAUUGUUAAAAGUCCGUUAGGGUCUUGUGGAAAAAUUCCGAAUCAAAAUUUGGUGGAAUAUGUUUUCAAGAAUAUCGAUAAAUGGACUGAAGAACCAGCUGCGACAUGUGCUGUAACUGGAAGAAGUUAUACAUAUGGAAUAUUAAGAAUGCUGAUUAACAGAUGUGCUCAAGCACUUUUAGGACACUGUGGAAUGAAACCUCGUGAAGUUGUCGGACUUUUGCUACCUAAUAUACCUGAAUUUAUAAUUGUUUGUCACGGUGCUAUAGAAGCUGGGUUAACUGUAACUUUCGUUAAUCCCCUGUACACUCCAGAUGAAAUUAAACGACAAUUUGAAAAUGCUGGAGUGAAAUUAAUUAUAACUGUACCAAUCUUACUGGAAGUUGCCAAUACUAUAUCAUCAAAUUUACAGGGGUAUAGAUCAACAAUAUGUAUUGGUGGAGAAGACGACUUAUCCAAAAAUGUCCACGGAUUACAAAGUCUACUUACAGCAGGACAUGAAAGUGAACUUCCGGGUAUUAAUCCAAGAGAAUUGGCUCUCCUUCCAUAUUCUAGCGGUACCACAGGCCUCCCUAAAGGAGUUAUGUUGUCUCACUACAACCUUGUCGCUAAUCUCGUCCAAGGAAACCAUCCCGCUUUGAUAGAUCCUAGUGCUAAAGAUGGUGCCCCCCACAAAAUCCUCACUGUCCUUCCGUUCUUUCACAUCUUUGGAUUCAAUGGUAUAAUGAACAUUUGUCUGAGGGACGGAUCUCACCUCAUUACCAUACCGAGGUUCACUCCUGAAGAUUACAUUAAGGCAUUAAUAACGUAUCGACCAACAUUCCUUUUCGUCGUGCCAUCUCUGCUUCUGUUUUUAGCAACGCAUCCUGCAAUUACUGCCGAACAUUUAUCUUCUGUUGAAGGUAUUCAAUCUGGGGCAGCCCCGUUAACUGAGGGGUUAUUGCAAAAAUUCAGAGAGAAGAUAGAUAAGCCAGAUGUUCUAAUAAGACAAGGUUAUGGAAUGACAGAAAGUGCACCAGUCACAAUGUGUAUGCCAAGACUUACUCCUCCAUCCAAAAUAGGUACAAUAGGAAUUCUUUAUCCGGAAACGGAGGCAAAGAUUGUUAGUUUGACAUCUGGCGAAUCUUUGGGAACACAUCAAUCAGGAGAACUUCUAGUAAGAGGCCCGCAGUUAAUGAUGGGAUACUUAAAUAAUGAGCAGGCAACAGCAGAAACAAUCGAUAAAGAUGGCUGGCUACAUACUGGCGACGUAGCAUAUUAUGAUGAAGAUGGUUACUUUUAUAUUGUCGAUAGGUGUAAAGAACUUAUAAAAGUUAAGGGAAAUCAAGUCUCUCCAACCGAAUUAGAAAAUUUAAUUUUGGACAUAGAAGGCAUCAUAGAUGCGGCAGUUGUUGGCAUUCCCGAUUCUCUAGCGGGUGAAGUUCCAAGAGCUUACAUAGUGAGGAAACCGGGUGUAAAUAUAAAUGAAGAUGACAUACAACGUUUAGUGAAUUCUAAAGUAACACAUUAUAAAAAAUUAGUUGGUGGUGUUAAAUUUAUCGAGUCUAUACCAAGAAAUUCCAGUGGAAAAAUUAUCAGAAACGAAUUAAAAUAUAGUAAUUAUUAAUAACACUGUUAAUAAUUUUACAUUAAAAUAUAAUUAUCACUA